AAUGAAAAUGACAGGCCACAGCUACAAUGUCUACAAUGCUGUCUAUGCUCUGACACAUGCUUUGAAUGCUAUAUACAAAUCCAUCACCAAACACAGAAGACUGGGAGGAGACAGACUGGCAUUUCAGAAUGUGCAGUCUUGGCAGGUGCAUCAGUUUCUAAAGAGUAUGGUAAUCAAUAAUAGUGCUGGAGACACAGUGCACUUUGAUGAAAAUGGUGAACAAGUUACUGGAUUUGAUGUUACAAACUGGGUGAUGUUCCCCAAUGGCUCUGUGGUUCGAGUCAAAGUUGGAGGACUGGAACCUCAGGCUCCUCUGGGCAAAGAAUUAACCAUUCAUGAUGACCUGAUUGUUUGGCAUCCAAGAUUUAAUCAGGUGCUGCCUGUUUCUCUGUGCAAUGACUACUGCUAUCCUGGCUACAGCAAGAAAAAGAAGGAGGGAGAGAAAUUCUGCUGCUAUGAUUGUGUUCAGUGUCCACAAGGGAUGAUCUCCAACCAGGAGGAUAUGGAAGCUUGUAUCAAUUGUCCAGAAGACCAGUAUCCCAGCAAGGACCACAGUCAAUGUAUUCCCAAAGUUCUAAGCUACCUCUCUUACAAAGAAAAUUUAGGGAUUAUCUUGGCUAUCUUGGCCAUUUCUUUCUCUUUCAUCACAAUUUUAGUGCUGGGAAGUUUUGUGAAACUCAGGAACACGCCCAUCGUCAAGGCCAACAACCGGACCCUCACUUACACUCUCCUCAUCUCCCUUCUUGUUUGCUUCCUCUGUGCUUUGCUCUUCAUUGGGCAGCCAGGAAAAGGGAUCUGCCUUCUACGCCAAAUGGUCUUUGGCAUUGUCUUCUCUGUGGCUCUUUCCUGCGUAUUGGCAAAAACCAUCACCGUGGUUCUGGCAUUCAUGGCAACCAAGCCAGGAUCUGGGAUGAGGAAAUGGGUGGGGAAAAGACUGACCAUUUCAAUUGUCCUCUCCUCCACCUUCAUUCAAGCUGCCAUUUGUGCUCUGUGGUUAAGUACUUCCCCUCCAUUCCCAGAUAGGGACAUGCAAUCCUUGAAUGGGAAGAUCAUAUUGGAAUGCAAUGAGGGUUCAUCUACCAUGUUUUACUGUGUCUUGGGCUAUAUGGGUUCCCUGGCCAUAAUCAGCUUCAUUGUGGCUUUUCUGGCCAGGAAAUUACCUGAUAGUUUCAAUGAAGCCAAAUUUAUCACUUUCAGCAUGCUGGUGUUUUGUAGUGUUUGGUUGUCCUUUGUUCCAACCUACCUGAGCACCAAAGGGAAAUACUUGGUGGCUGUGGAGAUCUUCUCCAUCUUAUGCUCUAGCGCUGGCUUACUGGGCUGCAUCUUUUCCCCCAAAUGUUACAUACUUUUGUUGAGGCCUGAUCUGAACAACAGAGAGCAAAUAAUGGCCAGAAAAAGCGAGAAAAUGUAAGUUCAUCUCCAUGUUAUGCUCACUUAGAAAAUUCACUGGAAGUCCAUAUCAUGAUAUUUUAAAAUAUUAGUGCUUUAAUAAAAAGAAG